GACUUCGGAGGCUGGCUGGGCGCCGCGAACCUCGUCUCGACCUGGGCCUCGCUCUACGCUCGAGCCUUCGACAUCCCGUCACCUGAGUGCCGCUGCCACUGCGAGGUCGGUGGCGUGCCUGCGGGCGAGGCGGCCCGCUGCGUGGGCGACUCGCCCGGCCUGGAGCUGGCCCUGGACCGCUGCCUGGGCGCCCUCAGCUCCUCCCAGGCGCCGGCGGCACCGGCGUCCAAGUGUGCGGUGGAGUCCCCGCCGCUGUGUGCGCUGCUGACGCCGCCCGCGUGGGCCGGCCUGGCGGCGCUCCUGCUGCUCGUGGGCUUCGCAGUCGUGGUGGCUACCCGCGGCUGCUGCGAGCCGCAUCCGCGGACGCGUUCGCCGGCGGGGGCCCACCUCCGCCCGGGCGCCUACACGGGGCUGGCUUCGCUGCUGGCUCAGGUGCUGAUCGACUACUUCGACGACCCGAACGCCUUCUUCUGGCACCAUCGGCUUCUCUUGCAGACUGACGGCAAGGGGCUGUGGACGGUGGUGACCCCCACGGGGUCGGUGCAGGCGCUGGACCUCUCGCUGCACCGUGCGCUGCCUCUCGAUCGGAACGAGCUGAUCCCUGCGCCGUACUGCGACGAGUGCUUCAUUUUCGACCCGAUCUCGGCCGCGGAGCUCGCCGAGUUUGUGAGGCGGGGGAAGAUGCUUGCGGCGGUGCACGGGAUCACGGCCGUUGCCACGACGGCGCCCGACACCGUCUGGAGGGUGGCCGAUCCCGCGCACGAGGCCUUCGCUUCGGCGGUGCCCGAAGCGGCGGUGGCCGACCCCGCCUGCUUCGUGGCUCGCGAGAGCAGCGGGCUGGCGCUGGUGGAUCGGCGCUGGGUCCACGCCGAGGCGGUCGAGGUCGGCCGCGAGGAGGCCUGGCGGCUGGAGAAGGUCACCGCCUUCGGCCGCGACCCCCGCGUGACGGGCCUGCAGCGCGAUCGGCGCGGGGUGCCCCUCAUCCCGGAGGACGAUGCCCUCACGCGCUUCGAGAACGCGAAGAUCGAGCACUUCCCGUUUUCGGGGCCUCGCGUGGCGGUCGAGUUCCCGCAGAGCCUCCGCGCCCAGGGCCAGUCGCUCACCACCCACCGUCACGAGUGGGCGCGGAAGUCUGGCGUCAACGUGAACGGCGCCGCGGCCCGCGAGCACUUCCUCCUCUCCGAGGUGCUCCGCUGGCAAGUGCAGUUCGACCAGCUGGGCGUCUCCAUGCUGGCCAGCACCGAGCUUCUGUUCCGCCGCCUCGUGCAGAUAGAGGUGGCGGUCCGCCGCAACGCCAAGGUGCCCGACUUCACGGGCCUCGACGUGCUGAUGAGCGCAUCCACCGACGAGAGCGGCGCGGCGACGACAGCGGUCUUCUCGCAGUGGGUUGCGAACGGCCAGAAGGACCAGGCGACGAUCGCGAAGCAGGGACGUCUGCUUCGGGAAGAGAAGGAGGCAGAGCGCAAGCGGGCCGCCGAUCCCAAGAACAAGGGGUCGGGGCCCGCGGAAGCCGUAUUUGAGCUUCUCAAGACCAACGACAUGUAUGACACAGAGCCGCAGGGCCUCGAGGUCUUCGACGCUGACUUCUUGAAGAUCCUGAAGCGCCCGGCCAAACCCAAGCCGCUGGAGUCGGUGCUGUCAGGCCUCGCCCUCGCGCAGUACCUUGUGUCCGAGCGGCGCCGUGGGCGCGCCGUAGCCGAAGUGGAGGCGCGCGUCCAGGGCGGCCUGAUCACGCCCGUGAAGCCCUGCUGGGGCGCCAAGCUCCGCGCCUCGCGCGCGGCCCUUUCCGCGCUGCUGAGAGACCUGUUGGCGCGCGGGCUGGGCGGGCUUCGGACUUCGAUUCGCGCCCGCAUCGCGGUGUUCUUCGGCGCCGAGAAGGACGGCUCGCAGCGCGUGAUCGUUGACGCCCGCCCCGGCGCCCUUCGCGACCUCGACCUCGGCGACGCCGCCUUCGAGAUCGCCGGCUGCGACCCGCGGGGGGCUGACAUCCACGUCGCCAGCUUGGACCUGUACCAGGGAUUCUACCAGUGCCGCGCCAAGCGGAUCGGGCGGUGGCUCGGCGUGGAGUUCGGUUUCACGGCUCGCGAGUGGGGCGUUUCCACGUGCUACGACGAGGACGCCGAGAAGGACUUCCCCGUCGACGGCGACACCGUCCUGUACUUCGUGAUGGGGGUGCUCUGCAUGGGUUUCAGCCGGGCGCUCUACAUCUGCCAUUCGAUUAUGGAGGACGCCGCGCUGGCGGCGGCGGGCCCGCGCGCCCAUGCCCCAGGUCGGCCCCUGCUACCGCUGGGCGGCCUGCUGCGCGAGGGCGCGCCCGCGCUCUUGGUCGCUCCUGGGCACCCCGUGUUCUCGGUGCACGUCGACAACGGCGCAGUGAUCGGCUUCGACCGCGCCGACGAGAUGGGCUUCGUCGUCCACGACGUCGAGCGCGCCCAGACCGACCUCACCGUUGUGGGCCUGCGCUUCCUGGGCGGAUCCCAGCUCCAGCUGCUGCCGACCGAGCAGUGCACCUGGCGACUCUACCUGGCCAUCGAGCGCCUGCUCCAGCGGGGCGGCUGCCCGGGCGGCACCCUCGAGCGCGGCGUCGGGCACCUCGUGAACCACUUCCGCUUGAUGCCGUGGGGCCUGUCCGCCCUGGACCACUGCUACAGCUUCCUGCAGCGCUAUGGUCGACGCGGGUGGGGCCAGUUCAACGACUCCCUGGACGCCGAGUUGCGCGUCCUGAAGGGCCUCGUGGAGCUGGUCGACGUGGAUCUGGCGGCGGCGCGCGCGCCCGUAGUGUUCUCGGGGGGCAGCUCGACCAUCGGCUACUCGCUCUCCUUCGCGCGGGCGGCGCCCUCGGACAUCCUGGACGCCGACCGCCUACGCGAGCGCUGGAGGUUCAAGACGGAGGAGGUCAACCUCGCGGAGGCGCCCGGCGACGGCGACCGCAUCGAGGGGGGGCCCCGCACCUGGCCGCCGCGUUCGGGGCGCUUGGCCUGGACAUCGCGGGCGUCGCGGAGCAGUCAGGCCUCGGACGCUUUCCGCGCGUUGGGCGACAUCUGGGCACGCCCCGAGCGCUGGCGGAACAUCGUGAAGGGCGGCUGGGCCUACCACAACGCCACCCACCUGAAGGAGGCGCGCGUCGCGCUGGUGCAGCUGCGGCGGGCCGCUCGCUGCCCCGCCGUGCACGGCAUGCGGCUGCUCGGGCUCGCCGACAACCUGAGCGUGCUACUGGCGUUCAUGAAGGGCCGCGCCUUGGAUUUCUGGCUGCGGCUUCUGGCGCGCCAGGCGGCGGCCCUCGCGAUCGGCGCCGCACCUAAGGUGCAUCGAGAGCGCCAGCAACUGCGCGGACUACGACUCCCGCGCGGCUGA